GUGGCAAGUCAAAUCUUUCACACUAUCCUUUCGGUAAUCCUCCUUUUAUCCUUUCAAGUAUGUCCUCAGUGGACCCUGUUUCUCAAGAUGACAAAACAAAGGCUGAAGACUUUAAGAAUAAAGCAAAUGAGUUCUUCAAGGAAGAAUUAUAGAAGCACCCGUGACGCUCAUCUUGUCGAAUUAACCAUCCUGCAGACAAACAUUUUGAGCAGGCCAUAGACCUGUACACCAAUGCCAUAGACCUGGACCCAACUGUGGCUGUGUACUAUGGGAACAGAAGCUUUGCUUACCUCAAGACUGAGAGCUAUGGAUACGCUCUCAUCGAUGCUACUAAAGCUCUGGAGCUGGACCCUACAUAUAUCAAGGGAUACUACAGAAGAGCCACUUCUAAUAUGGCCAUGGGUAAAUUCAAGCUGGCACUGAAAGAUUUUGAAUCUGUGAAGAGGGCCAGGCCUCGAGAUAAGGACGCUCAGCUCAAGUACAACGAAUGCAACAAGAUAGUGAGGCAGAUAGCAUUCGAGAAGGCUAUUGCCGUGGACAGCACGAGGAAAAGGCCCUCGGAGAGCUUGGACGUGGAGAGUAUGGCUGUUGACAGUGGGUAUGCUGGUCCAAGACUGGAUGGAGAGAUCACUGCGGGCUUCAUGAGUGAGCUGCUGGACUGGAUGAGAAACCAGAAGAUACUACACAGAAAGUAUGCCUUCAAGAUUAUUUUGGAAGUGAAAAAGAUUUUCCAGGCUCUACCCUCACUGGUGGAUGUGACUAUACCCGAGUGCAACAAGUUUACAGUUUGUGGGGACAUUCACGGACAGUUUUAUGAUCUGCUAAACGUAUUCAAACUGAAUGGCCUUCCAUCCCAAGACAACCCUUAUCUAUUCAAUGGAGACUUUGUGGAUAGAGGCUCGUUCUCGGUGGAAGUCGUUUUGACACUGUUUGGGUUCAAGGCCCUCUAUCCUAACCACUUCCACUUGUCAAGAGGCAACCACGAGAGUGAAACGAUGAACAAAAUGUACGGGUUUGAGGGAGAGGUGAAGGAGAAAUAUAGCUCACAAAUGGUCGAACUUUUCACUGAGGUCUUCAACUACUUGCCCCUGGCUCACAUCAUAGGUGGCAAGAUCCUGGUGACUCAUGGCGGGCUCUUUAAGGACGAUGAUGUGUUACUAGAUGACAUCAGAAAGGUGGACAGAGACAGACAACCUCCGGAAGAUGGUAUAAUGUGCGAUCUUCUCUGGUCUGAUCCACAAAUGCUGAAUGGACGGUCCCCUAGUAAGAGAGGAGUGGGUACUCAGUUCGGGCCCAAUGUCACAGAAGAUUUCCUCUCAAGAAAUGGACUAGAGCUGGUAAUUCGCAGUCAUGAGGUGAAACCAGAAGGAUAUGAAGUCAGUCACAACGGAAAGUGCAUCACAGUGUUUUCAGCACCCAACUAUUGUGACCAAAUGGGCAACAAAGGAGCGUUCAUCACACUGACCAAGGACCUAAAGCCAGAAUUCACAGUCUACGAGGCAGUGCCUCACCCCAAGGUCAAAGCGAUGCAGUACGCAAGUCCACUGUUCGGACUACUGUCAUGAAUUUACUAGUGGUCUCAUUGAAUUUUUAUGUUUUAUAACUACAAACUUAUGCUAUUGAAUAUAAGAAUAUAACAAAACCAAAUUGAACAUUGACUGCUAUAGACUACUCAUAGCAUUGUUUAUUCUGCAUAGCUCCUCCUACUACCGCAGCUGCUUCCCCGACUGUGAGGUGACCCCACCGAACCAGCAAGUGAACCAGUCCCCACCGAACCAGCAAGUGAGGAAGACCUCUCGUAUUGUUUGUAGGAAAACAA